AGAAACAGAAACCGGAACACGCGGGUUAACACAACGAAGGUUGCAUAAGUGCCCGUUUUCCUACAUGUGACUUCCCGGCCUUUCCUCAUCAUGAUAAAAACUGCAAUGGAGAAGUUUGUAAUCGUUGGUGCAGGGAUGACAGGAGCUUCAUCUGCUGCUUUGUUGAGGAAAAUCUUACCCGUUGGGACUGUUGUUAAGAUUCUGGACAAAUCAAGAGGGACUGGUGGACGGAUGUCAACAAGUCGCAGCUCAACUGGGAAUAGUGCAACUGUUGAUCUGGGAGCCCAGUACAUUUCCAUCAACUCCCACUAUGCCAAGGUCCACCAAAGUAUACAUGAGGAGCUGAUAUCCCAAGGCUUACUGAAGGCAUCUAGUGGUGUGAUUGAGGAUGAUAAGUUUGGUGGGGAUGAUAUCCAACAGUACAUCACCCCAGCUGGAGUUAGCUCUCUGGUCAAGUACUUUGUCAAGCAGGCAGGCGGUGAGGUAGCAUUUGAAGAACAUGUUACGAAAGUUGAUGUGGUGGGAACAAAGGUGAAAUUAACAACCUUGAAAGGAGAAGAGGAGUUAUGUGAUGGGGUCAUACUGACCAUGCCCGUACCACAGAUACUACAGCUGGAGGGCUCCAUACGACAUCUCAUUGAUUCACAGCCAAAAGUGAAAGAAAAUCUGGAGAAAGUAUCUUACUCAAUGAGGUUUGCUGUAGGGCUAUUUUACGAUGCAGGUGUUACAUUGUCCUACCCGUGGGCAGCAAAGUACUUCAAAGACAACCCUUGUGUGUGUUACGUUGCCAUCGACGACAAAAAGAGAGGAAUAGAGAACAGCAGUGUUGGCUCGUCAGCUGUCGUCCAUACAUCUGUGCACUUCGGAAUGAAGCACCUGGAGGAGGACAAGGAGGAAGUGAAGAACAUCAUAAUGAAACAUGUGAGGGAGCUGCUCCCUGAUCUUCCAGAACCGUCUGAGGUUAAAGGUCACAAGUGGAGAUAUUCUCAGGUACACAAGAGUUAUGCUGAUGAGCCAGGCUGUGUUGUCUUGUCCCACUCUCCUCCUAUCAUACUCGCUGGUGAUGCUUUCUCUCAUUCUAACCUUGAUGGAUGUCUAACCUCCGCUCUAUCAGCACGAGAUGCAUUCGUGAAAAGUACAGGUGUAAAACUUCCUUCAAAUCACUUAUAAACAAUGUCAUGUCCAUACCUAUUAUUUGUGAAGUGUACAAAUCUCGCUACAAUAAGCAAUGCCAUCUUUACCAUUGGAAUCAGGUUGUCUGUCCGUCCAUCCGUCUGUCUGUAGACACAUUUUGUCCGGACAACUCCUAAACCGAAGGGCCGAUUUCAAUGAAACUUCACAUAAAUAUAGAGGACCAUGUGUAGAUGUGCAUACCACUUUCUUUUUCUCAAAAUUAUAGUUGCUAUGACAACUGGUUCUCUCCAUAACAUAUUACAUUGAUUUCAAAUAAUUAGUAUCAAAAUACUAGUAGUAAAAAGUAUUUGAUACCAAAAGAAAAUAAAAAAAUAACCUCUGCAUUAGCCAUCUGAAUAGGAAAUUGAUUAUGUCUAUCUAUAACUGAGUGACCAACACCAGAACAAUUAUCUUAAAUAUUAGUACUCAAAAUAGCUUUCUUUGAAUGAUUAUUUUUGUUGUGAUUAUUCAGAACUGGACUUAAUAAAUUUCUGAUGUUUCGCUCAUAGAAUAUGAUAUCACCACUAUGUGAUGCAGAAGUCUUCUGAAGAUAAAUCUUUCCUUUAAUAAUGAAUCGCACUAAGCAUGUACAGAAAAAAAGUGUUUGAUAAAGAUAAAUUACAUGUACUGGGCCUACAGCGUGCCAAAUUCAUAAUACAUUCUAAUUUCAUCUGUUGGCACAAUGACCUUUAAAUAGCAUUAACACAAUUUGUUAAAGCAUU